GCUGAAAUUACUGCCUUCAAUUCAAGGGAAAGCCACAUUUAUAAUUAACCUGCUUAUUUGUGGAUAAUCACCGUAAUAGGGCUUUGUGUUUUCUGGGAGGUCCAAUAUAGAUAAUCAAAUCCAGCCCAAAACCUACCCGCCACUGAUUAUUGCCACGUAGAUAGAUCCAAAACCCCAUGAUAAACAAACAAGAACCAGAGAAAAUUAAAAAUAAAUAAUCUAUUAAGAAGUGACCUUACCUUAUCCAUAGAAAAUAAUGUAACACACAGCUCACCACGAAGAAAGCCAAGAAAACAAUGGUUUCCGUAUCACCUUCUUCUUCUCUUCAACUCUCCACAAACUCAUUCCCCUCAAGCGCUCCUUCCCUCAUCAAAUCCCACGCGCAAACCUUCACAUUCACUACUCGCGCUGCCGAUUCCGAAACGCCAACCGAGUCUGAGUCCGAAACCCCCAAGCCCGAUUCGGGAGACCCGUUCGAGUCGCGGCUUGCGCAGGUCAGGAUCCGGUACAAGAGCGGAACCGGGAAAAAGGCGGAAGCCCGGAAGGCGAAAAAGGGGGGAACCACCACAAAGGCCGGGUCGUCAAUGUACUUGCCUCCGGUCCCACUAAAGCAGCCGGUCUCCGGCGGGGUGAAAGUUGAGUUCGGGUUCAGCCCGUACAGCGAGAUAAUCAACGGGCGGAUAGCCAUUCUGGGGCUAACGGCGCUGUUGGCGGUGGAGUUAGCGACAGGGAAGGGGGUGAUAAAUUAUCACACGCCAGCGACUGUGCUAAUUCAGGUUUAUUUUAUGGCGGCAGUAAGCGCGUUGUUUUUGAAGUACGAGAAAGAGAGAGUGAGCAUGUGGCCUAAGGCAGAGGCCAAGAAAUGAAAUUAGCAAAAAGCAAUUAUAUGAUAAUUGAGAUUA